GAGGAAGCUGAUGUGUUAUUCCUUCUCUGCAUCGAAGGAUCAGGAAGUUUGUGCUCUCUGCGGGGCUGAGAAGUUUUUCACCUACUAGUACCGGACUGGGGUAAGGAGGGAAACAGGUGCCCUCCAAAAAUAGAGUGCAAACUGCAGCCUACGUCCCACUGCAGCCCCGGAGCAACGUCAGGUGAGAAUGACCACAUUAACUCACCGGACCCGUCGAACUGAAGUCAGUAAGAGCUCUGAAAAGAAAGUAGAAAGUGAGGAAGACACUAAUCAAGAAAGGAGCCCAGAUAAUGAAGACCCUGGCGACUCUAAGGAUAUCCGCCUCACUCUUAUGGAAGAAGUAUUGCUCCUGGGACUAAAAGAUAAAGAGGGCUACACAUCUUUCUGGAAUGAUUGCAUAUCCUCUGGGCUUCGAGGAGGCAUCUUGAUAGAGCUGGCCAUGCGGGGUCGAAUCUAUCUGGAACCUCCCACCAUGCGUAAGAAGCGACUCCUAGACAGAAAGGUCCUGCUAAAGUCAGACAACCCAACAGGUGAUGUUUUGCUGGAUGAAACUCUCAAACACAUCAAAGCAACUGAGCCAACAGAAACUGUCCAGACAUGGAUAGAGCUACUCACUGGUGAGACGUGGAACCCCUUCAAAUUACAGUACCAGCUUAGAAAUGUGCGCGAGCGGAUUGCCAAGAAUCUGGUGGAGAAGGGUAUUCUCACCACAGAGAAGCAGAACUUCCUGCUGUUCGACAUGACCACUCACCCAGUGACCAACACAACAGAGAAACAGCGACUAGUGAAAAAACUCCAAGACAGUGUGUUAGAACGGUGGGUGAACGACCCUCAGCGCAUGGACAGGCGAACACUGGCACUCUUGGUUCUGGCGCAUUCCUCUGACGUGCUAGAGAAUGUCUUCUCCUGUCUGACAGAUGACAAGUACGAUGUGGCGAUGAAUCGCACCAAGGACCUUGUAGAACUGGACCCCGAAGUGGAAGGGACAAAGCAUAACGCCACAGAGAUGAUCUGGGCUGUGCUGGCAGCCUUCAACAAAUCCUAGAGCCAGCAGGCCGCUGACUUCAGAGACCCCAUCACUGAGCUUUGUGUAAUAAGAUAUCGUCAUCAUUAUUUCCUCUAUUUUGAAUCAGGACCAUGACUUGGGGAGGACAACCUCAGGGCCUCUUCAUGGGCCACGACCAUUCUAAGCAGACCGUUUUCUCCUCGUACUUCCAUUCCACAUCUGAAUGAAUGGGGUGAGCUCACAUACAUCCAAUAAAUAUCUCCUAUUUCUGGGUUUGUUUUUAACCAGUGUACUCUUGGAUCAACAGGAGUAUCCACAUGGGGAUUAGAGCUUUCCAGCAACAAAAUGUGAAGAUGAAGAGUAAACUGUACAUUCAUUCUUUUCACCCUUAUUUUUUCUCUCCAUUUUUUCUCCCUUAUCACAUUUUCUCAGCCUUUAUCUUUCUGACGCUGGUACACAAUGAUACUUACUGACAUCACUGUCUCUUUAAAUGAAGGGCAGUAAAAGAAAUAAGACUAAUUUUUGAAGCAAAUGGUCCCUGAGAUUGUACCUCCUGCCUGUGAUUUUCUUGUCUUUAUCUAAUGAAAACACUCCAAGUUUGAUGACCUGACUCCCAUAGUUCUAGAAGCAGAAAUGUAUUCCACGAUCUAUUUUAGCACUAUCUUUCCUACUUCCACAAUCAUUAAAACAAAGUCUGAAUUUAAAAAGCAA